CGAUCACUCUCUCUGGUUCCACUGUGUUUGUGCCCCUCGCCGAGGAAAAGAGAGAGAGAGAGAGAGAGAGAGAGAGAGAGAGAUUAGGGCUUUGGUGGCGGAGGAGAAGGAGAUGGGGUGGUGGGACGAGGUUGAUGGCUCCGAUGAGUGGCAGCGUGGCAUCUUCUACUUCCUCUCGGCUGCUUACUCGCUGGUUUCCCUCGUCGCGCUGGUGCAACUCAUCCGCAUUCAGCUGCGAGUGCCAGAAUAUGGUUGGACAACACAAAAACUAUUCCACCUCAUGAAUUUUAUCGUGAAUGGGUUGCGAGCAAUUCUCUUUGGAGUUUACCAUAGUGUCUUCCUUCUCAAACCAAAGGUUCUCGAAAUGGCCCUCUUAGAUCUUCCUGGCCUCUUAUUUUUCUCAACAUAUACACUGCUUGUGCUAUUUUGGGCAGAGAUAUAUCAUCAGGCCAGAAGCCUUCCAACUGACAAGCUUAGGCCGGCAUAUUUAUUCAUUAAUGGGGCUGUAUACACAUUACAGAUAUGCAUUUGGGCCUAUGUAGAGAUAGAUCAGAAACCUGUUGCCAUUGAAGUUGCCAAACUAUUCUUUGCAGUUGUUUCACUCUUCGCGGCCACUGGAUUCCUGAUAUAUGGUGGAAGGUUGUUUUUUAUGCUGAGACGCUUCCCAAUUGAAUCUAGGGGUCGUCAGAAAAAGCUGAAUGAGGUUGGUUUUGUAACCGUUAUAUGCAGCACAUGCUUCUUAAUUAGAUGCUUGGUGGUUGCUGUAUCUGCAUUUGACAAUGAUGCCGACGUUGAUGUCCUCUAUCAUCCUGUUCUGAAUUUAAUCUAUUACAUGUUGGUUGAGAUUCUCCCAUCAGCUCUUGUGCUUUUUAUUCUACGAAAAUUGCCCCCAAAAAGGGUUUCAGAUCAAUAUCAUCCUAUAAACUGAACUCUUGAUGGAUAAGAGCUGCAAUAAAAUAGCAGGUGCCUAAAUGAAAAGAAAGCAUCAAAGCACUGUUAUGAACUGUGGGUGUGGCUUGUAUCAUGUAUGUAAUUAUAUGUGGAAUGUCAUUCAGAUGAGCAUAAUAACCAAGUGAGAAAUAAAAUAUAGGCCUACUUAUUAAA